AAUUUUCAAGGCUUUCCCCUUUCUCCCUCUCACAAGGGCCCAGCCACACCUCGAUGCCCGCUCGACAAGUCGCCGGAGCAGUACCGCUUGACACACACGCACACUCUCGCUACCUCUCUUGGUGACAAGCAAGACGAACACGAGGGCAAUCGACAGUCAACAACUAGCGACGUCGACAUGUCCAAACGGUUCUCGAAGGGUGUGUUAACUGGCAAAGACGCCAAAGAAGCAGUCACCAGGUUGCUUGGUGAUCACGCUGACAAAGAGGGUGUGUGUACGGACAUCGCUAUUUCCACCCCGUGCACAUCCACAAAAGCAGAGGCAGUGCGCGCGAUCAUCGAGGCUCUGUGCAAUAUUCCUGACGGAGGCACGCGCCUGCUGCACUUUUCCGCGCCAACACCAGCUCACGCUGCCAAGUUCCGCGACGGCUCACUCAGCUCCGCCGUCAAUGCUCUUGGCAUGGUCUUGACCUCAAGUACGGCGCCGACUAUCAAUCCUCGCUCUGUUUAUGUUCGGCAACCCCAUCCAGAUGCUGUCGACAUCGUGUGCUUGGUCAGCAGCAUGGUCAGCAUGCCCGGCACAAGCCAAGGCCCUCUGCUGAGUGUUUAUGCGAACGCCGAGGUUCCAAAGCUGCCAGCUCGCCGGCUCGGCGCUGUUGACGGUACCCGUUUCAGCUGGGAUGAAGUGGAGCAGGCGUUUACUCAAUUGCCCCCAAAAUGUGCGAUGACGGAACUGGCCUCCUUGGCUGAGGUUGUGGAACCCAGUGAGUCAUUUGUACAAGGAAAACCGGUUCCCCAACACUCGCCGGAAUGGCGCCGCACGGAAUUGAAAGAGCUUGAAUGGGUACGCGAGCGACCGAAGAGUGAGAAUGGCUCCGCUGCCACGGAUGCGUUCAAGAACGUGCUGGGCAAGUUCCACUUUCAGCACACAACCAAGAAACACAAGUAUUUGUUGCAGCUGUGGCAUUCGGACGUCGUUGAUGCGCACUCGGAACCUGCCCAUUUUCUUGUCGGCGUCGACGACGACGGCGUUGUGGUUGGCAUGCCGUUUCCACUCGACGAGGGCGCCGAAUACGACGCGCUCGAACAAGCACGGCUGAUCUUGGAAGCGCGCAUUGGCGAGCUGUGGCCGCAGCCCACGGCGCCCGCCCAGAUUUGCCUCUGCGACGUCGAUGCACCCGAUGGGCAGAUUGUGGACGGCAAAUACGCCGCCAUCGCCUGGGACUCGCCACAGUGGGAUCAGUGGCUACGACAGCACUGGCCGCGAACUCAGAAAGGACGGCAGAAGCCGCGAAUCGAGCUGCCAGACAACAUCGCCCGGGCGCUCGCGCUCACCCGCGCUGGGCAGGCCGACACCGUCAUCAAGCCACCACCUACACCUGAGACAGACAUGGAGCACUUGCGCGCAGAGAAGGACCGCGCGUGGGCAGCGUACUGCCAAGCGAGACAACAGCACGACGAUGCCGUACUGACAAAUCAAGCACCAAGACACAUCGAGGACGCACGCAAGAACAUGGAUGCAGCGCUUGCACACCACACGGAGAUCCACAACGCCAUCUACCGUGCUGAGAACUCCGUCUCACAGCGGCAGCAGCUUCAUGAUCGUGACACGCCACAGCUGCUGCUUCUUGUCCCACCCAAACUGGCAGAAGCAGCGGGAAUGCCGACAACACUUGUGCCCUCGGAGCAAGUGGUGCCUCUCCGGCAUGUUGUGUUGCACAUCACGUUUCCUGCGACGCCCAUUCAGCUCUUCUCUCGCAAAGCGGACGUGCUGGUGCACGUGCUGCUCCACGACAGGCAAGGGCGCGCUUUUGUGGAAGCCCUGCCGCCCCCAGCAACUUGGGCACACCUGCGGUACCUUCGCAACAACGACCUUCUCAGCGUUGCUUGGCACCACGCCACAUCCGCUGCAGUUGUGCUACGAGACAGCGACUACGUGCUCUUCCCUGGACGUGGGCAGCAACCAGCCACCUGCACACGCAUCGAGCAAGUGUGCAAGUAUCUCUUUGCCAGCCACGUGUUGGUGGUAGUGGUGGACGAGCUGGCCUUGGUUGCGGGUGCGCGUGUUCCAAUGCUUCGACCACUGCUUGAGCAACUCGACAGCACCGUUUCAGCCCAUGUGGUGAUGCUUGCCACGCGCGCCUUUCACGUGGAGCCUCUGCUUCGCGCUGCAGCUGCGGUCCAGGCCUCCUGCUCACGAAAGUGCUGCUGGGACGUGCAGCUGGUACCGCGACACGUGGUGGCGAACGUGCUGAGUGUCCGUCCACCAGAGCCACCGGCUUACAGCAGCGGAGGCGGAGGCGGAGGCGGAGGCCUCGCGUGUCUGCUGCCCAAGCAACACUGGGCCGUUGCGGAUGGUUGCGGCUUCUACCUUGUCAACGCGCUCUGCUGCUAUGACGGUCAUGGCCUGGACAUGAAGCGUGACUUGGACAGCUUCGUGCAAAAGCAGAUUCCCUUGCCGUUUCCGUUCACGACCAAGGUUCCCAUGCGUGAUGCAGCUCGCAUUCUGCUGUCCAAGCUGGAGACAUGCAGCAAGGCGCAACCGUGGAUUGUGCAUGCUGUGCAGUGCUUUGCGGCUGGCGGCGUCACGACGAGCCUGCGGCAGGUGAUGGCGCUGACGGCAGCAGACAGCUGGGUCCUGGAGCUGACGCGCGACGACCCCGACACGGUGCAAGCAAUGAAAGAGGCCGUCUUGCGCCUUGUGAAAGACACGCCGAGGCGGGUGGUCAUCUUCAUCGACAGCGGCGCCAGAGUACAUGCCCAAACCAGUGAGACACUCGCUCGUGACCUGCACCACCACAUCUUUAAGAAGACCGACAACAACACACGAGUGCCCGUAGUUGUCGUGUGGGUGACGCGAUGGAUGCCGCUUGCUCCGAAACCACAACGCGUUGACGUCGUCUUCCCCUUUCACCUGGAGACCAAGGCCAUGAAGAAGCACGUGGCCGCGUUCCUGCGCGAGUGCGCUGUGGGUGAUAGCCGAGGUGCAGGUAGCGAUGGGAGCGCAGGGGAUGUUGCCGCACGGCUGCAGGAGCUUGUUGACGCCAGUUUGCCUGUUCACAUGGCAGAGAUGCUGAGCUGCGUGACGGAUUGGCCGAAUGUGGUGGCCAGCAAACGGCUUGAGUCACUGGACGAGGCUGGCGUCUCUACACUGGGCUGGAUGGCUGCUUUCAGCCUGUGCCAGUACGCAAGAAGCCGUGGUGGUGGUGGUGCACAAGGGCAGUACUGCUGGGUGCCUCUUGACGACGAGCGACGACGGGCGCUGGCGCCCGUGGAAGACAUGCUGCUGCACCGCUACGACGCAAGCCAAUGGCGCGGCUGCGUGGCCCUCUCGCCUUUCUGGGCACUGGUGAUCCUGCAGUCGCUGCGCAUCAACCUCGACAAACAGGCGAAGUUCUUGGACGUGGUGGUGACGGGCCUGUGCGUGUGCGUCAACAUGCACUGGUUUGAAACCACCCGGCAGAUCAUCAGCGGCGAUCUUCCAUUGUGGCUGACGAUCUUCCAGAGGGACGAUGGGCGCAUGACGCAGGAGGACAAGGAGUGCAUGGAGGAACGGCUGGCUGCUGUGUUUCGUGCGGCCAAGGGCAUGCCGGAGAUGCACGUUGGGCAUGAAGUCAAGAUUGCGCAGACCCUUAUUGCACUUCACGUGACCCUCUCCAAAAUGGAGCGCAAGAUCUGUACCCACACCGACACACAUACACGCGCCCUUGAUCGCGGAGUGCUGCGAGUUCAGAGCUUGCGUCGUGCGUUGAAGCACGCUGGAGCGGCAGUGGACACCCUGCGCAACCCCGCCCUGCACAGGCAAAGAUCGCGUGUUGGGUUCAUCGGCGAGUCAUCGUACGCUUACUGUGUUGCUUUGCUGGCUAAUGAGCUGCGACGGCUUAUGGCGACCAUCACCAGCACAUUCAGCACGGCUUCGGUCCCCGCCGCGACGAAGCUGCGCCACAGUUUGAGUUCUAUGGGUGGAGUGGCGUGCGUCCUGCUUCGGAAGCUGCAGGAACAUGCGCAGGACAAGAACGAGGUGCGAGUUCUCAAGUCCAAGGAAGAGAAGACAACGCGGCUGCUUGGGUUAGACCCAGCAAAACUGCCAGGGCCUGGGGAGCAGCCAGCAGUUGCCGUGGAGGAGUACAUUGCUGCUUGCAUGAAGGCUGGUGACGAGCUUUUGAACGUGAGCGAGGCCUUGUGUCACGACUUGGACGCCAAAACCCCACCUGAGAAGAUCGACAGCCGACUGAAGAACGCCCGUGUUCACAUCUCGAAGUUUAUGCAGGCUUCUCAGCUCAGGACCUGUGCACCCGCUCUCGCCCCGCUGAAGCAGCACCAACGACUGGAGGUUGCCCAUCCUCGCAUCAAGAAGAGUGAGGCUAUCCCUGACAAGCAGCUCGGAGAAGCGCGUGUGGCUUUCAUGAAAAUGCGCCUGAAGACACGCGCUCGGCAAGACCGCAUAUGAAGGACCAAGGCAAUUCACAGUUGUGCAUGGUGUGCUGGAGUACAUGAGCGCACGUGCACGUCGUGUCUCGAGCUGUUGUGUGUUCAGUGUGUGUGUGCGUGUGUGCGUGC